AUGAAUAUCUGUAUAGGCCUGGUAGUGCUGUUCUUUGCGAAUACUGUCCUGGGCACAUAUACACAUCAAAGGAGCCAUGCUUUGGAUGCAUUCUAUGACAACUGUGAUAGAUAUGACAACGAUUACAUGGGGCUGCAGGUCUGUGGGGACGAUGGCCAUACCUACAGGAAUGCAAUACACCUUAGCUGCCUCAAUUACAAGCUAAAGAAACAUCCAAUUGUAAAAAUGAUGUACUUCGGAUGCUGUCCUGGAUAUAAAGACAAGAGUGGUUGCCCAUGGAAACCUAUGUAUGAACCUGUGUGUGGCUCUGAUGGGAAAACAUAUGUCAAUGAGGAGUGGCUGAUGUGUUCAUGCAAUCGAACAGGAGAAGAAGUAACUGUGGAAUCGAAAGGAGAAUGUCAAGAAGUUGAUCCUUGCUCCAAGGAUGAAAAUAAAAGUCAUGGGCCCAAGGUGUGUGCCUCAAAUGGCAUAACUUAUCCGAAUGCCCAAGCUGUUAGAUGUCUUACUAAGCACAAAUCAGAUAUUGAUAUUAGGCAUGAAGGUGGUUGUAACGUAGAUGAAGUUUAUCAACUUUACCCAUCCAGAGAAAAAGUAUGCACUAUAUCUAAACAUCAUUAUGAAUUCAACCAAGUAUGCGGAAGUGACGAUUUGACCUACUUGAACCCUUUUGUAUUCCUUUGUUACAGUCCUUUGAGUGAGGCUGUGUUCAGUGGAGGAGAGUGUCACAGUUCUUCCCACAAUGCUUGUAUCAAUGCCAUCAAACUGGAUGAACAAUAUGAGGAGUGCAAGAAGGAAGUGCAGCUCAAAGAAAUGUGUGGAUCUGAUGGGCUUACAUAUAGGUCCAGUGACCAUCUCCUGUGUGCUGCAAGGAACAACUCAAUGUUGACCAUGCUCCACGAAGGGAAAUGCACAAGACAUGAUUCUCCAUGUCUUCGUGCCAAACACGCAGAGGGACAUCCAGUCUGCGGAACAGAUGGGAUGACCUACGCUAACCACGAGUCGCUCAACUGCGUCGCUAGAAACAGAGAUAACAAUCUGAAAUACCAUCACGACGGACCAUGCAUAUGUAGAAAGAAUCGUCACUACGAAAUUCCAGUAGCUGGCCUCUUGGAGAAGAAAUCAUAA